ACAGGGUGCGGCGGACGUGGUAUAAAGCGUAUAUAAAGACAGCACGAAGCCGUCUAUCUCAUAGCAUAAGGAUUUACAGAACAAGAUGGGAUUACUUAAGCUUGCUGCACUGGGUCUGCUGCUGUUGGCGUGUCAGUGUCACGGCUGUGACAUAGAUACUCAUUACGGCAUUCAACAAGCUAAAGUAAAAGGCGUAAUUUGGCUUUUGUCUCAGCGCACGGAGAGCUGGGGCUGGGGGACCCGUAAGGAGGCGGAGGCGGUCAUGGCUCUCCAGUUGGUCCUUAAUGUUUGGUACAAGCCAUACCUACCAGGUCCUGCCGCCACCGUCAAGGAAAUGAACCUUGACCUCUUGGCAGCUAUUAGCAAAUAUCCAGACUUGGACACACGGAACUGGUAUGGUGGGAAACUUGCACAUUACAUCAACGGCCUCGUGGCCACGUGCCAGGACCCAAGCGACUUCUACGGCCAUGACCUUCUCACCAUGCUUCAAGGUCACAUGGACGGGUUCCCCAAGCACUACUUCAAUCACAACUUCGCGUACAGUUGGGCCGUGCUUGCACUGUGUAAUGCAGGGUUGACCGUACAGGAGACGUACUUACAGCAGUUGACCAAAUCACCCGGGAACUACACGUUUGGCGUAGAUGAGGCGGCUAUGACGGUGAUAGCCUUAUCUUGUGUGAGGAACCAAACCGACGUGAAGUCCGCCAUUUCUGCUGGAGUACAGUUUAUACUUGAUAACAAGAAACCAGAUGGUUCUUUUGGAAAUGAAUACAGCACUGGGUUGGCUGUGCAGGCUCUCUAUGCCGACGACAAAGAGAGCAGAUUGGACAUCAAGAAAGAUGCUCUCCUCUACCUGGUUUCAUUGCAAGGUGAGGACGGCUCCUAUGACUCAGUAGCAGCAGCCAAUCAUGUGUUUCCGGCGUUGAACCAGAAAUCAUAUGCCGAUAUAGGCGACAUUACUUCCUGUCAAGUAGUGACUACAACUCCCGCCCCCACCACACCGCCAACGUCAUUUUUCACUUUCACGAUCAACGUGAUAGCGACGUUGGCGCCACACAACGUCAGUGACACCUUUAACGUGACGGUACCAGAUGGCUCCUCCCUGUUGGACGCCAUGGUCAUCCUCCGGAAUACGGAUCCAAAUUUUACGUUCACGAGCGAAGAGAAGUCCUGGGGCACCUCCAUCACCAGCAUCCAGGGGAUAGCGUCCGACCCAGACGCUAGAACGUACUGGAGCCCAGCCGUGGCCCCUAACGCUACCCUCACUACAAGUGUUGAUGGUUUCUAUCCAACCGACGGAAUGACCGUGAUAUUUCGCUAUUCUACGUAUUGAGAGGGUGUGGACGUAAAAGACGACAUUUCUAAUGGAGCCAUGCUGAAGAUGAUUCAGCGACAGCAAGACACUUGUAUUGGACUAAACAAAGAUAGUCAUUGUAACAAUUUAGUUAGUUCAAAGCUAUGCUGCUAUUAGUAGUUUUGCAUACACUAAUCCUUGGUGAGCUCCCCUCUCCCUCCUGUCCUGAUAUGCAAGAACCAGCAACCCAUUUACCCGUAAAAUGUUUUAUUACCUCCGCCAAGGAGGUUAUGUUUUCACCCCUGUGAAAUUUUCAGAAGUGGGCCAAGAAAGA